GCUAUCCCAGCCUCGACAACAAUGGUGAAUCCGAAGACCAAAGGCGAGAAGAAGAGACGGAAACCGAAACAAAAUCACGCGGUGCCCGCCGAGCUUCUGGCAGACGAGCGAUUCAAAGAUGUUGCUCUCGAUCCGAAAUUCCGGUCGAUUCCUAGAUCAGAAGCUAAAAUCAAGAUCGAUGAACGAUUCGGAAAAAUGUUCACCGAUAAGCGUUUCAAAAUCAAAGCUACCAUGGACAAGAGAGGCCGGCCGGUCAAUACUACGAGCUCUGAGGAUUUGAAACGCUUCUAUCAUCUCGACGAAGGGGAGGGAGAGUCAGGGAGCGACUCUGAGGGUGAUGAGAAGGGGUCGGCUUCAGGGAAAAUUAAACCGAAAACCAAAACCAGAUCGGAAGAGUGCCGUGACACCGGGGCCGACAGGGUUGGUCGAAGUGACGAGAUCCGUGGCAAAUUAGUUGGGGACGAAGAUUCGAAAGCGCCGUCCUCCGACGACGCUGAUCCAUCGUCCGCGGAUGAACUUCUUGAUUUCGCGAGAGGAGAAGGAAACAUCGAGACUUCGGAGGAUGACAGCACAGAUUCCUCCGAGGACGAAGAGGAGAAACUGAUGCGCGAAGAAGCCGAACAAGAGGUCGAAUGGGACGAGUUGGACAAAGACGCACCGCGUAGCGACGAUAUCUCGAAACGAAUCGCUCUCUGCAAUAUGGAUUGGCAAAAUUUGAGAGCCGAGGACCUUUUCGUAUUGAUGCAUUCCUUCGUUCCCGCGGACGGAGUAGUACACCGGGUGAGAAUCUUUCCCACGCAGUUCGGGAAGGAGCGCAUGCUAGCGGAAACGAAACACGGUCCAAAACUCAAGUCGAAGGACGCCCAAGCCCUGAGGAAAUACGAAUUCGAUCGACUGAAGUAUUACUACGCCGUGGUCGAGUGCGAUAACGAGAGAACCGCGAACGCUAUCUACGAGAGCUGCGACGGCACCGAGUUCCAGACAUCUGGGACGAAACUCGAUCUACGUUUUAUUCCGGACGAUAUGGAAUUUGACGAAAGCGAGCAAACAGAUUUCUGCGAUUCCUUGCCCACCGAAUACGAGCCGGUGGACUUUGUCAAUGCGGCCCUCAUGCAGUCGACGUGUGAGAGCACCUUCGACAGCGAGGACUUGCGACGGAAGAAAACGCUCGGGAAACUGUAUUCAAAAGAAUCGAAGAAAACCCAGAAGAAAAAAGGUCGCAAGCAGGACGACGAUCAACUCGACCACAUGGCGGCGCAGCUUAAAACCUACAUAGCCUCGGAGAGCGAGGAGGAGGACCCGAAGAGCGCUGCUGACAAAUAUCGAAAGCUGCUGCUGAGCGCUGAUGACCAGGAAGAGAACGAGGCGUCAGAGGACGGCGACAAAGAGAUCGUUUUCAACCCCGAGCUCAAUGCUGCCGUUGAAAAGGCGCGCAAGGAGAAGAAUGAUCGGGAAAUCAAGUCAAAGAAAACCCCGUUCCAGGAGUACCUUGAGAAGAAGAAGCAGAAAAAACGUGAGCGCCGUCUGGCCGAAAAAGCGAAACGCAAGAAGGAGACAACGUUUUCAGACGACGAAUUGCCCGCAGGUGUUGACGAAAACGACGAAUUCUUCAAACAGAACUUAUCGGACUCGGACGAUACGAAGCGUCGCCAAGAAUCAGUUCCCUCUGCCGACGAUGACGCGGAGGAGGAAGAGGAGGAACGGGAAAAGCGUCGAGGGGAAGAGCUUGAGUUAUUGCUUAUGGAUGAGCAAGGCGACUCGCGGAAGCAUUUCUCUCUGAAGAAAAUCCUUAAAAAUGAGAAGCAGUCCAAGAAGAAAAACGAAACCAGGGGAGGAAAAGGCUCCCAGGCCGCAGCUCAGGACGAUUUCGAGGUCAAUGUCAACGAUCCUCGAUUCAGCGCCAUCUAUUCCGACCACAGGUUUAACAUCGAUCCCACGGACGCGUCCUUCAAACGAACCAAGGCCAUGAACGCUGUGCUAGAGGAGAAAACCAAACGACGGAGAAAAACGUAG